CCUCCGCCAUCGUCCAUCAUCUCUCCCUGCGUUUCACAACCACCGACGACGACUUCAUACUCUUGUCACGCAUCCCCCUCUCUCAAAACACGGACGGAUCAAUGUCCAAUCCUCGGUCUUCGACUCGCAUCUGACGUCGGUCGUCUCUCCCUCUCCCUUUCUUCAGAUUUGUGAUCCGAUCCUCACACCGUCUCCAUGCGUCGAGCCACCGUCUUUGCCCUUCGAACGGCCCGUCGCUCCACCAUUCGAAAGUUCCUCGCCAAAGCCUCCCUCUCUGCUUCCAGUUAUGGACUAAGCUCUGCACGUCCUGCCUUCCACGUUAGAACCUAUAGCUCCUCGCGACAACCCCUUCAGGCUUCUAUGCGUUUGCCUAAACUUCCGUUGGCCUUUAUUGGGACAUUGGGGGCCAUUAGUGCAUAUUACGCCUAUAGAGGGGAUGGGCCGCAGCAUCUUCUAGCUCAAACAAACCCAGCAUCGUCACAGUCCGCCAGAGCUCUAACUUCCACGUCGCCUGCCGCUUCUGCCACGGCCCCAUCUCCAGCCGCAGCCACCCAAGACCAAAACCGAAAAGCUUUAGUGGUAGAUAACGAUCAGUUCUUCACCGGUUCCAUCGUUGGGGACGGACCGUUAGCUAAGGAUACUGACGACUUCGGUCGCAAAGUCCUGGAGAUGAUGACCCCAGAGCAGGCCACCGAAAGACUGCGGAAGAAUGAACAAUCUUUUCUCGUCGGUCGCGGACGAGGCGUGGUGAGAUAUGAUGUCGUCCAGCUUCCCAGCAAUGAUCCCAUCGAAGAUGAUCAUGCGGAGAAGAUUGUAGAAGUUCCAAACUCGGUUGCAGCCACUCUCGAUGGUCAGAACUCGUCGGAUUGGAUGUUUUGGGGUGUCUUCGACGGCCAUUCGGGUUGGACCACUUCAGCCAAGCUCCGCCAGGUCCUCAUCUCAUUUGCGGCUCGCGAGCUGAACAGCACCUACAAAGCCGCUCUGUCCAAUACCAAGUCACCUUUCCCACCUCCUGCCGCAAUAGAUGCCGCCCUCAAGUCUGCCUUCGUCAAAUUGGAUAAUGAAAUUUGUCUGGACAGUGUCAAUACCCUCAACAAAAACCCCUCGAAGCGUCUCGCCGCCGAGCUUCUUGCCCCAGCUCUUUCUGGAUCCUGUGCGCUCCUUUCAUUUUACGAUUCACAAAGCAAAACUCUGCGUGUCGCUUGCACGGGUGACUCACGCGCCAUUCUUGGCCGUCGGAAUCCAGUGACUGGUAAAUGGUCCGCAACUCCUUUGUCAGAAGACCAAACGGGUAGCAAUCCCAAUGAAGAGGCUCGCAUGCGUGCCGAGCACCCCGGUGAACCGAAUGUCAUCCGUGCUGGACGUGUUCUAGGCAAUCUCGAACCUACCCGAGCAUUUGGUGACGCGUUCUAUAAAUGGUCACGGGAAACUCAAGACCGAGUAAAGAGACAUUGGUUCGGCCGUACGCCACAUUCAUUACUCAAAACACCACCGUAUGUGACUGCAGAGCCUGUUGUCACGAGCACAAAGAUUGAGCCUGGCAAAGGUGACUUUGUCGUAAUGGCAACUGACGGUCUGUGGGAAAUGCUGACUAACGAAGAAGUGGUCGGUCUGGUGGGUCAAUGGAUUGAACAACAAAAUAAAAAUGCGCAGGGCAAGGGAUCAAACUCAAGCACAGCUUGGCUUACGUCGUGGUUCUCGUCUUCUUCGUCUAAUGCCCUCCCAGUGGAAAAGGGCGGCAACAUGGACAAGACUGGACGAGUGGACAGUUCCAAACCAGGAGCCGAUGGCAGCAAGAAUGGUGGCUCUGCUGAGAAGCCUAUCCGCCAGCAACAAUGGGCUGUGACAGAGAACAACAGUCGGUUCGUUGUCGAGGACAAGAAUGCUGCCACUCACCUGAUUCGCAAUGCCCUUGGCGGCAAAGACCGGGACAUGGUCUGCGCCCUACUCACCUUGCCCAGCCCGUAUUCAAGACGGUAUCGUGACGAUCUGACCGUCGAAGUGAUUUUCUUCGGUGAGGGAGAUGCUGGAAAGAGUAAGGGUGGUGCGGGGCCCGGGGCCGUGGUCAUCAAUUCCGAGGCCAGUGCCAGUGAACAAGGCGAAAUUAAACCGAAACUAUAGAACGUCACAAGGAGGAAGUGAAACGACCAACGGUCGAAAGAUUUGCUGCUGGCAAGAUAUAUGACUUCUCGGGACAAACCGAAACCCAAUGUGGUGACGAAGGACCUCCCUUUCCAGGCUGUCGACGAGCAAUGGUCUUCCUGCCAUUAGCAAUCGACGACAUGAGGCCCGCACCCGACUACGAACAACCACAGUCUAUAUACUGAUGUUCAAAAGGAGGCAGGGGGCAUAAGUUUGGUAUAGACCAAGGGUCAAGUUGGAGGCGUCAUGUCAGACCAGACUCUUUUCUUCAUCUUUGUGUAUUUAUAUAUUUACAGUCUACAAUCCGCACCGGUGGAACCGAGCCAACCAUCAAUACAGCUAGCCACUGAAGGUUGCACAACUGUGGUAUUUCGCACUCUGUCCGUCGAGAUUUA